AUGUUGCUCGCAACGUACUCCAUCUUCCUCGCGGUCCUCGCGGGAGUGCAUCCCGUUCAAGGCGGAAGCGCAGCCUGGCAGCCGCAGCUCAGGCACAUCAACAAACGCGACGUGGUGAUCCAAGCCGACCCGUCCGGGCACGCUGUCAAGGAUGCUCUGGUCCGGCGCCACCUCGCCGUCAAGAAGCGCUACCUGACCAUCGACCCCAACCUUGGCGACUCCAAACCAUGGCCAGACAAGACCAUCAAGUACUGCUACGAGUCCAAGGCGGCCAGACGCAACCUGCACUCGUACUUUGUCCAGGCAGCCAACAUGUGGAAGACGGCCGGGCUCGCCUCGGGCGUGUACAAGUACUCGGAGGUGGCGGACCCGGGCACGUCCUGCACCGGGCACCAGGACCGCGACAAGAUCCUCGUCGUGCGCAUCACUCCCGACGACGAGCAGCCGGGAAUCGAGACCUCUGCCGGCUACGCCACCCUGGGCAUCGAGCCGGUCAACGCAGCCACCGACUACGUUGGGCCCGAGAUGUACAUCAACACGGACCUGCGCGCCGUGGAGGGCAGGACGCGCUUCAUCGGCACCGUGGCGCACGAGAUUGGCCACGUCUGGGGCCUGUACCACGAGCACCAGAACCCCAUGUUUUGGCAGUCGCCCUACUCGCUGCACGAUGGCAAGGUCUUUGGCGAUCACUGGUACUGCUCAAGGGUCCGGGGCUACCAGGAUUCGGUCGACAUCAUCCGCGCAAAGUUCCCCGACGACCCGGUAAAGGUGCAGCAGCAGACGGAAAACAUGUGCAAGUGGUCCUCGUUCGCACAGGAUUAUAAAUUCGCCGGCGCCAACUACCUCCCCGAGCAGUCUCAGGCCGGCAAGUUGUAUCCGGCAGAAAUCCCGAGGCGGGGAGCCACCAACGAGCACGUCGAUUGGGAUUCCAUCAUGAUAUACAAUGGUGGGGACUUCAUGCUCAAAAACGACGGGUCCCCGGUUCACGAGAACAACAAGCCGUCCCAGGCUGAUGUCACCGGCAUCAGGCGCAUUUACGAGGAUAGCUUUUCUUCCCAUGAGUUUCCUACCCUGGCCAACUCGAAGAAGAGCAAGUGGUAUACGAAGUGGAAGGAGAUGAUGAAGCGAGCGUAUUGCAAGGUUGUAGGAUGA